GCAAAGGGCCACGCAGACAGGAGAUGCCUGGCUGCUGGCCAGGGUCAAGGUCGCCCAGGAUCAUGCGCAGUCCCACGGUACACCCACUCGCUCACGACCUGGGCACAGGCUAGGACCAGCUGCUCCACGCUGCCGGGCUCCUGGGUCAGGCCGCUGGGGACAGGACGGAAGGCGCUGAUGCUGGUGGCCUGUGUCCCGCCCAGCACCUCCUCCGAUCGCCAUCAAAAGCUGGAUCCAUUCUGGAGGAGACAGGCGCGGCGUUUGGACUUCCAGAAGCCACCUCAUCAAGGGCCCCCAGCGACGAUGCUGUCCAGCCACCUGGAUGAGGAGGCCACUUUUCAUUGACCCGGCUCCACUGAGGGAAGCAGCUGGGCGUCACCAGCCAUCAGAGCCACCCCGGGAACCGGAAGCCCCCACGGCCACAGCAGACGCGACACCCUGGGAGCAGGUGCUCUAUAAGCACGUGGAGAGUGGGGUCUCAGCUCCAGUGCGACACCCUCAAGAGCCACCUUCACUGCCCAUGCCAGAGUGCGUGAGGAAAAUGUCGAGCCCGGGUAUCGACGGCGACCCCAAGCCCCCAUGCCUGCCUCGAAACGGCCUCCUGAAGCGCUGCCGGCCCAUGCCCCCCUGCAGGUGGGCCCACCUCCGCCCCGACAUGCGGCUCCCCGGCAGAGCGGCCCCCGCUGGCCACAGAUGAGAAGAUCCUCAACGGCCUCUUCUGGUACUUCUCUGCGUGCGAGAAGUGUGUGCUGGCCCAGGUGUGCAAGGCCUGGCGGCGUGUGCUCUACCAGCCCAAGUUCUGGGCAGGCCUCACACCAGUGCUGCACGCCAAGGAGCUCUACAACGUGCUCCCCGGGGGCGAGAAGGAGUUCGUGAGCCUGCAGGGCUUCGCAGCGCGCGGCUUCGAGGGCUUCUGCCUGGUGGGCGUCUCAGAUCUAGAUAUCUGUGAGUUCAUCGACAACUACGCGCUCUCCAAGAAGGGGGUCAAGGCCAUGAGCCUCAAGCGCUCCACCAUCACUGAUGCCGGUCUCGAGGUGAUGCUGGAGCAGAUGCAGGGCGUGGUCCGCCUGGAGCUGUCCGGCUGCAAUGACUUCACGGAGGCGGGGUUGUGGUCCAGCCUCAGCGCACGCAUCACCUCGCUGAGCGUCAGUGACUGCAUCAACGUGGCCGAUGACGCCAUCGCGGCCAUCUCGCAGCUGCUGCCCAAUCUGGCCGAGCUGAGCCUGCAGGCCUACCACGUGACGGACACGGCGCUGGCCUACUUCACGGCGCGCCAGGGCCACAGCACGCACACGCUGCGUCUGCUGUCCUGCUGGGAGAUCACCAACCACGGUGUGGUCAACGUGGUGCACAGCCUGCCCAACCUCACGGCACUCAGCCUCUCCGGCUGCUCCAAGGUCACAGACGACGGCGUGGAGCUUGUGGCCGAGAACCUGCGCAAGCUGCGCAGCCUCGACCUCUCCUGGUGCCCCCGCAUCACCGACAUGGCGCUCGAGUACGUGGCCUGUGACCUGCACCGCCUGGAGGAGCUCGUGCUGGACAGGUGCGUUCGGAUCACCGACACAGGCCUCAGCUACCUGUCCGCCAUGUCGUCCCUCCGCAGCCUCUACCUGCGAUGGUCCUGCCAGGUAGGCCUCCCUGCCUCGGGGCGGUGGGACCCAGCGGGGUGCGGGGAAGCCCCGGGCCACCGCCUCCGGACCUGCCCCCCGGCCCCACCCAUGUCUGUAGGUUUCUCUGGGUCCCACCACAUCCAGCCGCCACCCCGCGCAGAGCUGUCAGGAUGCCCAGGCUCCUCGGAGGCACAUCAGCUGCCUCCUGGCUCUGUGAGGGGCCAAGAAACUCGUUGGAAUCCCGCCUCCUGCCCCUCUAGCAGCUCCAGGCCUAGGGCCGAACCCAGGGGACGGCCCCCCCACCCCCGACCCCCGCACGCACGAGCAGAAAGUUACCUCGUCCCCCACCCCUGCCAGGUGCAGGACUUCGGGCUGAAGCACCUCCUGGCCAUGAGGAGUUUGCGUCUCUUGUCUCUGGCAGGGUGCCCGCUGCUGACCACCACCGGGCUGGCGGGCCUGGUGCAGCUGCACGAGCUGGAGGAGCUGGAGCUGACCAACUGCCCCGGGGCCACGCCCGAGCUCUUCAAGUACUUCUCGCAGCACCUGCCCCGACACAGGGGCCCCGAAGAGCCCCAAGGGCUUCCUAUCUCCCACUACCCCGCCCCUGGAACCCUCCGAGGGGUGUGCGGGGAAAUAGGCCACCCCCGGCCGGAGUCGCGGCCGCUGAGCGCCCCGGUGCUGCCUGACCUGUGCCAGCCUGACCAGAGGCCUCCCCUCGUCCCUGCCGCCUGCCGCCGUGGAGCCGCCCCAGUCCUCGUUCUCAGCCUGCCCGGCCUACAGGUCUUUGGGACCUUGUGCUAUGGCCCAGCGCAGGGGCGAGACCGGCGUCUUGUAGAUGAGCAGUUGGAGCCGCACUUGGGCUGUCAGGCCUUCCGGAGCAGCUGGGCAGCCCGCACCUCAGCCCUGCAGCCGCCUGGCACCAGCCUCCUCCGGAGGGAGUGCAAGGGGGUCCCAGCCAGGGGUCAGGAGCAGCACCCACCGAACAGUGGCUCCUAUCUCCCAAUGGCCAGUGCACCCCGAUGCCCCAGGAGGGAGGGCUCCUCUGGCUCCCCUUCCCCCUCCCUAGCUUCCCACACUUCUGCCUGCUCAGAGGAGCUCUGA